AUGACCGAAGAUGCGCAAAAGGCAAAGGAGAAAGCCGAGCUGCACAUCGCGCUUGUGGAGACAACAAUGGCUGAUGCUGAAGAAGACUACAAGUUCGACCCCUUCGACGAUGGGUCGUCAAAGAUGGUGGGCGAGAAGUUGGUGGCCAACAUGGAGAGCUUCGUCCAGGAUUUUGCCUCCCAAUUGCGUGUGAUUGAGGAAACGCUGGACGAAUCGUUGAGCGAUGUGUGGGAUUCGACCGUCGAUCCGAUCGGCCUCAAUUUCGAACCCUAUGAGCAGACCAAGAUCGUUGAACUCACCAAGAGCGACAACAAGCUCUUCAACAAGAUCCUACUUGUCUUCGCCUCGCUCAGCUCUGAAAUGAAGCGCCUCACUGACGAAGCCAACACUCGCUUCGCGCCGCCGUUCAUGGCGUUCGGGGAGGACGGCGACCUGGGCGAGGGCGAGGCGCAGACCCAAGUGGGCCGCAUGCUGAACCCGUUCCUCAUGGACUUCUCCACGUUCGUCAAUCGGGUCUACCUCGUGGUGCAGAACGUCGUGCGGCAGCUGGCCUCGCUCUACCACCCGGCCCAGAAGCUCUACAUCACCAGCUUCAAGGCCAUCCACCUCCAGACCGUCUACCAGCAGCUGGGCGAGCUUCUGGUGGCCCUGAUCAGCCUCGAUACCAUCAUCACCUCCAACGAGUCCUUCAAGCAGGCCUGGGCCAUGUACAAGCGAAUGACCAAGUCCAUGCGAGCGGCGCCUUCGCGCUUCAACACAGACGAGGAGCAGCUGGUGCAGUUCGAAAAGCUGCUCCUCAGUCUCGAGGGCCAACUCUUCGACGGCCUCAUCUUCCAGGGCUGCAUCGAGCAGGAGUUUGAUUUCCCGGGCCUCGUCGAGGUGCGCAACAACCGCGUGUUCAAGACCGAGUUCCUCCUCAACCUCCAGACCAUCCACGCCAGCCUCGCCUCCCGCCUCGCCAACCCCAUGACCGGGGACGAGCUGGGCAUGAAGUACGCGGGGGCGUGCGCGCUGGUGGCGCUGUACUACCUGGUGUACCGCGACGUGGCGGCCACGAAGGACGUGUUCAAGAAGAUCUGGGAGCUGCAGAAGCGGCUGCAGGUGGUGCACCUGGCGGCCAACGCGUCGUGGCAGGCGCCCGAGUUCUUCAUCAAGCACGCCGCGCCGCUGGUCAAAACGCUGGGCAAGAUCGCCAUCUCCAAGCAGCGCGCCGAGCACCUGGCCCUGCUCGACAAGAGCCUGCCGAUCGAGAUCCAGCAGAUGUACCUUAAGGUGUCGGUCUGGAUGGUGCGCAUGGAGUCCAACCUGGCCAACCGGGCCGAGCUGCGCGACAUCCUCAACACGCGCAUGGCGCUCCUGGCCCAGGGGCCGGCCCUGGCCGAGCGCCUGGUCGGCAUCUUCCGCGAGACGGUGCACUUCCACGUCGCCCUGGGCGCGCCCAUCAAGCGGAGCCAGGUGCGCGCGCUGUUCCAGGCCGUGGAGCUGGUCAAGGCCAUCGAGGCCACCUUCCACCGCCGCUCGGGCAUGAUCGGCCAGUCGCUCCCGCUCAUGGCCCGCGUCGUGUGCCACCGCCUCCAGUCCGCCCUCAUGCCCAUCAAGGCCCGCCUCGAGGCGGCACACAAGUACUCGGACGCGAAGCUCGAUGUGCUGGCGGCGGCCACGCUGAGCCUGAACAUCCUGCAGGGCGCUCCCACCUACAAUCGCCUACUCCUUCUCCGCCUGUGCCUCCACGUCCUCUUCCAGCCCGACUUUGUGAAGGAGCAGGAGAUGGAGGAGCUCAAGGCCGGCGUCAAGAAGCUCGAGCUGCUGAGCGGACUCGGCGAGCGCAUCCGAGACUCGACCAAGUGCGAGUUCCUCUUCUGGUCCAAGAACAUGCUGCCCCCGCACCUGGACGACAUCUACGCCAACCCCGAGACCGCACACAAGCUCCACGAUGUGGUGCCGCUCCUCCGAGCAGCGGUUCACAAGCCCGGAGAGGACAUGCUCACCGCCUUCAAGAAUCACAUCGAUGAAAUCAUCAAGAGCCACCUGCUCGAUCGGCUGUGUCGGGACAUCGAAACCGAUCUGCGUCUGCACAUCCACUCGCACCUCGCCGUGUCUGAGCGCGACCCGUGGAAGAACGGCCUCCAGGACCUCGCCUCCCUCGUGCGGCUACGGCCCCUCCGAGUGUUCGACAAGGUGGUGGACGUGGCCGGCUACGUGGGGCACUACCUAGACACGACGUUCUACAACCUCACGACGGUGGCCCUCUACGAUUGGCAGACCUACGGCGAGAUGCGCAACCUCGCCGCCGAGAAGUACGGUCUCCACCUCACCGAAGUCCAUCUCCCCGGCCAGACGCUGGACCAGGGCCUCGACGUGCUGGAGAUCAUGCGCAACAUCCACAUCUUCGUGUCCAAGUACAACUACAACCUCAACAACCAGAUCUUCGUCGAGGCGGGCGGACCCAACAAGACGAUCAACACCAUCAACAUCGCGCACAUCGCCAACUCGAUCCGAACGCACGGCACGGGCAUCAUGAACACCACCGUCAACUUCACCUACCAGUUCCUGCGACAGAAGUUCGUCAUCUUCUCCCAGUUCCUCUACGACGAACACAUCAAGGCCCGCCUCUUCAAGGACAUCCGCUUCUUCAAGGAGAGCAAGACAGACAAGAGCAAGGACCCGAGGUACCCCUACGCCCGGGCCGAGGCCUUCAACAAGGAGAUCCGCAAGCUGGGCAUCACCGAGCAGGGCCUCAGCUACCUCGACCAGUUCAGGAUCCUGAUCACGGAGAUCGGCAAUGCGAUGGGCUACAUCCGAAUGAUCCGGUCGGGCGGCCUCUACCACACCUCCAACGCCAUCAAAUUCGUGCCCGACCUGGCCUCCAUCCCCUCCUUCGGAACGCUGGCGACGAGCGACCAGCUGCCGGAGCACACGGUCGAUGCGGCCAAGAACCUCGACGCGACGAUCAACUAUCUGGCGCGCAACUUUGCCGAGGGCACCGAGUACUUCAAGAUGCUGGUCAACGUGUUCGCGCCCGAGUUCCGGGACGCGCGCAACGUGCACCUCAAGAACUUCCACAUCAUCAUCCCGCCGCUCACGCUCAACUUUGUCCAGCACAUACUCAAGACCAAGGACAAGCUCACCAAGAAGGGCGCGCUCGACCCGGCCUUCAGCGACGACGGCUUCGCGAUCGGCCUCGUCUACAUCCUCAAGCUGCUCGGCCAGCACGACGCCUUCGACUCGCUCCACUGGUGGGAGGCCGUGGAGGAGCGCCACCGCGACGAGGAGGCCAAGCUGCAGGCGCUGGCCAAGGCCAAGGUCAAGGACAAGGAGGAGCAGCAGACCCUCAAUCUCACCCUCCGCAAGCUCAUCUCCUACCGCAACGAGCUCCAGCUCCUCCGCUUCUCCUUCGACAGCUCCCGCAUCUUCUUCAAGGACUGA